AACUUCCUUUCACCAAUUUUUGUUUGAAACAAAGGAAAAUAAAGUUGAUCUUUCUUUGGUUGAAGAAGAUAAUCUCUGGAAACCAAUGAUGAUGCUUGAUGAUUACAUAGCGAAAUCGAAGCUCAGUGAGAGUUUAACCUCUACGGUUUGGUUAGCGAAGCACAAGUUAACCGGCGAAGAAGCAGUGAUGAAGUGUUUCGACCUCUCGAAGCUCAAUCGCAAUCUCCGAGACUGUUUAAACAACGAACUGGAGUUUCUAUCUUCUGUUGAUCAUCCCAAUAUCAUUCGUCUCCUCCAUGUUUCUCAAGAUGAUGAUUUUCUCGUUAUGGUUUUGGAAUAUUGUGAUGGAGGAACUUUAUCAUCGUAUAUUCAACGUUAUGGUAGAGUUGAAGAAGAUAUCGCCAAGAGAUUUAUGAAGCAAAUUGGAGCUGGUUUGGAAAUUAUUCAUGAUAAUCACAUUAUCCAUAGAGACUUGAAACCUGAGAAUAUUUUAAUUGACGGAUCUGGUGAUGAUUUGGUGUUGAAGAUUGCCGAUUUUAGUCUUGCAAGAAAACUACAUCCGGGCAAGUAUCUUGAAACAGUGUGUGGUUCUCCGUUUUACAUGGCUCCUGAAGUUCUUCAGUUUCAGAGAUACAAUGAAAAGGCUGAUAUGUGGAGUGUAGGAGCAAUCCUUUUCGAGCUACUUCACGGGUAUCCACCAUUCCGUGGUAAUAACAAUGUUCAGGUUCUAAGGAACAUCAAAUCUAGUACAGCUCUUCCAUUCUCUCGGCUUAUUCUUCAACAGAUGCAUCCUGAUUGCAUCGACGUCUGCUCAAGAUUGCUUUCUAUUAACCCAGCUGCCACACUGGGCAUAGAAGAUUUUCCUUUUCUUGGCCGUAUAAAGAACAGUAGGGUUUGGGUCAAGGACACAACAUUUUCUUCAAGACAACAUGGAACAAGGGAAAGAAAAGUGGCUACAAUUAACGGAAGACUUCAAUUUGACCUUUCACAGGAUGCAUACCUCCCACAGAGGCUUCUUGAAAACCUGAUGUAUAUUUACAAUACUAUUGAAAUGGCUCGUGUAACUGGAGUCCCUACCUCCUACCUUAUUUCAAGAGGAGAGAGCAUCAAGGUUCUAUCUCAACUACUUAGGAAAGCUAAACAGAAAACCUGGUUCUUCCAAAUGCUGAGAAGUUGGAACCUGAACAAGGAACUUAUGAAGGUGCAACUGUACGUUGGUGGUUUUAUAUCCCCUACUUACAGUUUUACUUAUUCUUCGAUCACUUCUAAUAUUUUGAUAAACAUCUCCAAUGAUAUAUAUUCACACUGUUAACUUCAAAAUGGUAAAUCAGGUUUUAGAAGCAAGAACUGGUUUCUACGAGCCAAUUGCUACUCUGGAUUUUGCUUCGUUGUACUCGUAAAUCAUGAUAGCAUAUAAUCUAUGGUACUGCAGCUUAGUAUUCCAUCAAACGCUUUUUUUUCUUCUUAUAUUUAUUUUCCAACGUUUGUUGAUGUUAUC